GCCACUUUGAUUCUGGAUACCGAAUGCAAACUUUCACUUUCACGCCAAAUGGACCCAAGUGGACCCAACCGGGCGUGGGAACAAGAUUCCAGGGUUUGAGGCAUUGAACAUGCGGUCGGUGUAGCACUGGCAUUAUCACGAACACCAGUAUUCAAGCCUUGACCCUGAGGUUGUUAAAUGUCAAAGUCUUCGGACAAGAAGCGUUUGUUUACAAGCUGAAUGAAUGUAAGGAAUAAGUUUGAAAAAGAGGCAGCCAAGUCAGAAGAUGAGGUGCAAGUGCUUGAUUUGUGAAAGAAGCAGGUGAUGAGAAGAGUGCAGCGGUCAUCUGUACGGAUUCUACCAUGACUAUUCUGCAUCUUGUUUGAGAGGAGAAUCAGUGCAAUCUACAUUGGGCAAGGCUCAAGCAGGAAGUCAGGAGUCAGGAGUUCAUGGUGUCUACCGAGUAUUCACGUCCAAAUUGUGAAUGUCGUGCUUCCUUCAACAGGAGCGUGUCCUUGAAGAGACGCGGACUCUGUGAUUGUGCCUUCCCUCAAUGCUGCCUAAGUUUAGUUGGCCUCCCCUCUGACUCUCGCUCUUCUCUUUUUCACUUCAUUCUUUCCCUUCAGUCCAAGACACUUGAUUUUCCCCAUCCACCGAAAACUUCGAAAAGUCAGCCAUCUCCCAGACCUCAUCGUCUAACCCUACACUUGCAGCUCCCAAUCUGUACAUAUGUGCGUCUGGGAAAUCUUUGAGGGCAGUGGCCCACAAGACUGGAUGGACGAGAUCUCCGAACAAGUCGGUUGCGACGUCCUGCAUGCAGGAGAUCAAUACGGCGAUGAGGGAGAGGAAUAUGAUAUCAUGAUCAAAUCGAUUGAAGAGACUAGAAACAUCCUCGAUAGCGGCAAAUUCGAUGAAGUUUUCGAGGAAAACCGCAAACAGAGACAAACCCGAUCCAGUGACGGUGGCAAAACCGGCUGCUUCUUGCUCACCAUCGCGUCCAUGGGGGUCGGUGCAACUAUCAGCGACAACCAUAAGAAAUAUCUUCGUCGUCAUGCGAAAACCAUCUUUGGGGACGGGAAUGCACUGGAAGAGUUCAGAGAUGCGUUGAGGAAGUAUGAGAGUGGCGUCCCAUGGCAUUUCAAGUCUCCAAGCUACCCUGGACUAGAUCCAUCUGCCACGGCCGACUACAGAAAGGAUGCCAAGGUCUCGAAGCUCGAGUCAGCAGAUGAGAGUGGUGCUGCUACGAAAGAUGAAAAGAAAAAAAGCUGCAAGAGCAAGAAGAACACAAAGACAUCCAAGGCUGCAGCAUCUGAGCACGGCACCAGAUCCGAAGAUGAAUUGGAGGCUCCUGUGGCUAAGAAACGCAAAAUCAACAAGUAAAAAACAUGCACGGAACCGGCCCUUUCAUGCAAGCUGGGAAGCAUGAAAGCAACGAACUGAAGGUGGCCUUGGUGUCUGCAGUGACUGCUCAGUCAGAUGUUCGACACAAUGCUCAGCUUGCUGCAAGUACGGAAACCAACGGUGACUGUUGCACUGUGAAAAGAUGAAGGUUAUCGACUGUCGUUCAGAGCUGUGAGAGGUAUCAACGUGAAGUGCUACGAACUAUGAAAGAAUGUGCUUGACAGGCUUCAGCCUUACUACCA